AUGUCCAAGCCGACGCUGAUCAAGCCCCCUCCGGCCUCGAAAGAUAAGGCCCCAAUCGAGGAUGUCCUCGAACUGACGCAGUUGAACGACAUCGACCCGAACCUCUUCACGAACACGCGACCGCUAUGGCAUCCCCCCGGCGCGCGAGGAAUCUACGGCGGCGCAGUCAUCGCGCAGUGUCUGGCUGCCGCGCAAAAGACGGUCCCAGAGAACUUCGCGGUGCACAGCAUGCACUGCUACUUUGUGCUGAACGGAAACUCUGAGAUCCCCAUCAUAUACCACGUGGAGCACGUAAGAGAAGGGCGGUCGUUCGCGACGAGGACGGUGCAGGCACGACAACGCGGUGCGCCUAUCUUCACGGUGACAUUGAGCUUCGUGAGGGAGGGCGCUGGAGGGAAGCAGUUGGUCCAGCAUCAGGCUAAGAUGCCGGAGGUGCCUCCACCGAUUGAUAUGGAGACGGUGGAUAUCUACCGAGGCGCGAGGUCGCCGUUCGUGACGCAGAGGGUGGAUAUCGUGAACAACGACAGUCCCAAUCCGCACGAGAAGCGCACACGGCAAUGGAUCAGAGCGAGGGGGAGGAUCAGCGAAGAAGGCGGCCACGAAGCACAUCUCUCCGCAUUGGCAUACAUGUCCGACUCAUACUUCAUCGGCACCGUGGCGCGGACACACAAGCUCUGGCGAUACAGCCAAGCGUCGCAGAACAAGGAGACAUCUGGCGGGAAGCAGAUGAUGACCAGAGACGUCUUCGAGCGAUUGAAGAAGAUGGACCUGGAGACGCUGAAGAAAAUUGAGGGAAUUGACGACGACAUCAUCAAUCAGCUUAAAACACUUGAGAUCAAGGACGGGGAGAUUGUGGGGUUGAAAGAGAAGAGGCCAGAGAUUGGGAUGAUGGUGUCGCUGGAUCACACAAUCUACUUCCACGAGCCAAGGAGCUUCCGUGCAGACGAAUGGUUGUUGGCUGAAUCCGAGACUCCGUGGUCUGGCGACGGACGAGGCCUGGUCUUCCAGAAGAUCUUCUCGAGAGACGGCAAGUUGGUGGCGAGUUGUGUGCAGGAGGGCGUCGUGAGGUUAAAGCAGGAGCCGAAGCAGGAGUCGAAGCUAUGA